ACACACACUCCCACCUACAAAUAUAUCUACACAUCGUCCCUCCCAUCUAAUCUUCCCGUUCUUAUUUCUCAGCCGAUCCCGUAAGCGCGGGAGACACGAGCGGGGGGAACGCAUACUUCCCGCGUUUACCUGAAAGCUACCCCACACUUUCCACCACACCUCGACUGCCCCUCUCGCCAUGUGCCAUUCCCCUCCCAACUCAUCUAUAAUUAUCCAAUCCAGAUCGCGUAGAUGACGCCACCAUGUUCAAGCUGCUCGCUUCUGUGAGUCUAAUGCGCGGCUUAUCUGCGCACUCGUGCGUGCGGAGUUGGUUGGAUCGGAGGGUGGGUUGACGCGUGACUUGGAGCGGAUUACAUGUAUAUAUGUAGAGUGUGGAGCAAAAAGCAUCGCGUCGGUUUAUGCGAAGAGAAGAAGCUGGGAAACAAGACCAGACACAUCAAUGUCUUCAGAUUUCUGGACACGCGCUGGCCUAGACGAGAAAUGUCAAAAUGGAAAAGAAACCUGCAUGAAAGCGAUAAAAGAGCUAUACUCAACACUCCAACAAGAAUGCAAGAUCGAAGAGUUCACAUACCAAGGAUGGUGCAGCUACACACUCCGCGUAACCCACCAACCCAUCAACAGCGCGCAUGGCCUCAAACCCUCUAGAACCAUCGCAAAUGAACCACAGAAUUUGACAACAAUUGUACAAAUUAGACCGUCUCGCCACUCCCUCUCUCUUAGCAUAGUAGCCCAAGCAAAAGAAACAUACGGGACUCUCGCACCAACAAUCCACCGUCUCCCUGUAAAUCUCCCAGCAAACCUCAAAGCAUUCGCAAUGAACCUCCUCCCCGGCAUUCCCGCAUCCGCAAUCCCAUUCCCACCAUCAACCAAACAAACCACCCCAUCCCCCCAAAGAAUCACCCUCAUAACAUCCCUCGCCAAAGCCCUCGCCGCUACAUGGCCCUCCUCCCCGUCCAAACCCUCAAUCCAAACACCAUCUUCCCCCCAACGACCCCGCGCAGACUCCCCCAUAUCCUCUGGCCCCGUCUACCUCACCCCCUGCACCGGCCCCGUGGGCUCACAAAUCCUCCCCAAGCUCCACACCCUCUCCCGAUCCCUCCCUUCUCCCGGUCUACGCGCAAAAGCGGCAGAAACGCUUACCGCAGUGCUGAAUGUAUCGGAUACCUACCCAACGGUGCUGAACCACGGCGAUCUUAUCCCGUCUAACAUCCUCGUCGAUCCGAGGACGCAUGAACUCACUGGUCUUGUGGAUUGGGCGGAAGCAGAGGUUCUCCCGUUCGGGGUGUGCUUUUAUGGGGUUGAUCGGUUGCUUGGGGAGGUUGUUUAUUCUGAUGCGGAAGAUGGGAGAGAGCGUGUGUUUCGGUAUGCGGGUGAUGCGGAGGUGCUGAGGGAAGUCUUUUGGGAUACACUGACUAGGGAGAGGGCGGAGGUGAGGAAGUGGGAGGAUGAGAUUAGGGUUAUGAGGGAUGUUGGGGUGCUGCUUUGGUGUGGGUUUGCUUGGGAUGGGGGGAAGAUUGAUAGGGUUGUUGAGGAAGGGGCUGAUGGGGAGGAGGUUGCUUGUUUGAGGGCGUUUUUGGGGGUUGGUUGAGGAGAUAUCCAGGCUCCCACGGGAACGAAUUAUUCGGAUAAUAAAGCCCGUACGCCCACUAUACAAUCCUAUAUUAUUCUUUACUCUUAUAGAGAAUUUACGCUAAUUUCUAGCUUUAUUAUUGUUUUUUUUUUUAGUUUUUUAUAAGGUGUUAAUACUGCUUAAAAUACAAAACAACUAAAUUUUAACGUAUUUUUAGUGUUUUUGGAUUGAGCGUGCGUGGUGUUGACUUAUUAUCCUACUUAAGUCCAGCUUCCCUCCCACUUCUUUCUCACCUCAACAUCCAACAUUGAUGUCGAAGGGCUCGUGGCGGUGCGUGGGUGUCAAUGUGGGUGCCAUAGCGAGACAGGGUUGAUGGAGAUGGAAAGCCUUGUGAGAACUCUGCUCUCUUAUAGCAGAGGGCGAAGAGCUUACUAUGGUUCCUAACCUCAACAACACUACAAAUCCGUACAUCUCCACUGGAUCGUCGGGACGUCGUAUACGUCACUACCUCAAAUGCGCUCAAAAAACACCGUUGAUACUGAUUAUCCAAUUCAUCUCUACCUUGCCAUCGCUGCUGGAAAAUCAGAAUGUCGACGCCUUCACGAUGCUGGACCCAUCUCUUUGCACAACGCCGCGCACCACCAUCGCUGUUGUCUACGAGUCUACCUCGUCUCCUACCUUGUCAACCACCUGUCGCUUCCACCUUUCGAUCAAGCUCAUCAAGAUCAAAAACAGCCACCGGUCGACCAACCCGAGUGUACUCUCGCAAGCCAAGCAUACUCUAUCAUGAGCUAAUUACAAUUCGGUUCCUGCUCGAUUCACAAACAAAAAUGCUGGAGAAACACCAGAUGCAGCUGGACAAGCUAGAGACUAGGAUAGCGUGGACUGCUACUGGCGUUUAUGCAUUCAUCACUAGUGCUAUAGGGCUUAUCGGAACUACACUCUUUGUCUAUUUGAAACUCCCACC